CACUAAUUCGAACAUCUCCUUUUCACAGCUAAUCACCAUGAAAUUCUCCGUCGCCAUCCUUGUCGUCGUCCUAGCGGUCGUUUCUGCCGAUUUAGACGAUGGUUUUAUCAUUGGAGGUGACAUCGAUGAUUUUCACGGAGGCCCCGGCUAUAUCGUAGGUGGCGGCCAUUAUGGCGGUCAUGGGUUCCAUCCUAUCGUCAAAGGAUCAGGUUCAUGCUGGAAACACAAAGGAGGAUACCACAGUGGUGGGAUGGUGGUACAGGAUUACCCCACAGUUUACACCACCGGAAGUCAGUACGCUGGCUCUCAGAUGUACGGCGCAGGACAAUAUGGAGGAUCCCAGAUGUACGGAGGUUCCCAGAUGUACGGAGCUGGACAGUACGGAGGUUCCCAGAUGUACGGAGCUGGACAGUACGGAGGUUCCCAGAUGUACGGAGCUGGACAGUACGGAGGUUCCCAGAUGUACGGUGCCGGACAAUACAGUUCUGGACUAGGGCAUUUAGGCGGUGGACAGCAGAUGUACGGUCAGCAGGCUUACUCCGGCCAGACCAUCUACUGAUCUACUAAUGUCGGUCAGAGCCAACUAUAACCAAACCAGACCACACUGUACAUGGUGUAUUUAUCAAUGAACGCUUUAUUUCGAUAUAUUUCGAGACAUCUGCAGACCGGCUAACGGUUUGAAUCUGUUAUUGCAUUGUUUUGAAGUGUCGUUAUAUAAAACUUAAAUUAAAAUAUUUUUAAAUCCAUGAAA